GAGAAGCCCUGCAGUACUAGUUUAAAGCCGCUGCCAAUCAGAUGCCCAGAUUGGCAGCCUGCAUCACAGUUCAGCUGAGGAGGUACAAAGUGAUCCACAGUGAAAACCAGAUAAGGUAGGUCUUGUUUGUGCUAUGGUUCAACUGUCUGUCCUAGUAUGUACGCUUUCUCCAAACAGCCUGGUUUGACAUUAGAGAUCGUCGUUGAUUAUGAAGUGUGUGAUGUUACCGUCUGUCCGAUGCAAGGCGAUCGACUCGACAAUUUUUUUUUUUUUUUGUUUUACUCUUUUGGGUUGCCGAUUUCUCGGGAUUUGCUUCAUUCUCUUUGUGCUCGACCUGGUUCGGAGUUCUCCUACGCAAGGAAUUCUUCCUCAACAUAUUUUUACCCUUUCCAGGAACCCGAGGUUCGUGACUUGGAGUCUCGAAUGUUGUUAUGUAUCUUCCUUUCCACCCUACUGUGUUCAGACUUGUGUAGUUGGGGGGCUAAGAAUUUUACAGAUUAAGAAGUAUCUUCCCCUGGAAUCUAUGACAGUACUCUCGACUAAUCUGAUGAUUCUGGAUGGCUAUGGAGCUCGUACAUCAUUCAAACGGACACUCCGGGCACUCUGGCAUCAUGAAUUCAGUCUAAAAUAGAUAGAUCAUGUGCACUGACCCAUUCGGUAGAUAUAAUUUCUGAUGCUUGACAUGUUCUCAUCUUUAAAAUCGGUCAGUUCUUCAUUGCAUGCGAUG